AAUCAUCCCAACUGAUUUUUAUUCACGCCUGAAAUCAAUUUUUCUACAACAACUUGGAACCAGUUCCCAAUUUCAUUUUUUUCUUAAAUUAUUUAUAAUAAAUCAUCAUGCAGAUUAGUUUUUAUUCAAAGCAUUUGCAAAAAGGAAAAAUGUGAAAUAUUGAGUUCUAUAAUGAUGCUUUCAGUCUAAUUUUAUGCAAAAAAAAAAUACUUGGAUUUUUGUAUUUCUAAGGAAGGAUUAUCUGUCCAUAUUGAUGAUCAUCGAAUAACAUAAUUUAGUGAAAAUGUUAGGACGCAAACAAAGUUUGAAAGGGGACUUGAUUCUUGCCCAUGCCGACUAUGGACCAGAGGAGAGUCUCAAUGAAAAUGCAGAUAUCGAUUGGGUGAAUAAACUAUGGGUGCGGCGUUUGAUGAGACUGUGUGCCCUCUUAUCACUUGCAUCUGUGUCCCUUAACACACCAAAAACGUUCGAAAAGUUACCUAUUCUUCAGUAUGUCACGUUUAUAGUUGACACAUCUAUCAUAAUUUUAUUCACCGCUGAAAUGAUAGCUAAAAUGCACAUUCGUGGAGUUUGGAAGAAAACUCUACAGGUCGAUGUACCCUAUUUCCGCGACCAUUGGUGUCAAUUCGAUGCGAGUAUGGUUUUAUUUCUAUGGAUAUCGGUAACUUUACAAGUAUUUCAAUCAUUGGAAAUUGUUUCACCGUUUUCCUAUCUAUCGAUACUUCGGGCGCCAAGGCCAUUGAUUAUGAUACGAUUUUUGCGUGUGUUCUUGAAAUUUUCAAUGCCAAAAAGUCGCAUCAAUCAAAUUUUUAAGUACGUCAAAUGUAUUGAAUUGAUAACACAAAUCGACAAAUUUAAGAAAAGUUCAUGCUCCAGAGCAGUGACUAGUAUGGCUUGAAAGGACUUGGCCACGAGACUUCAAAGUCACCCACCGUUUGUCUCUAGCACGUUAGGUUCUUCAGAAAAUGACCUAUCUUGAACAAUUCCAUGUUUUACAUAUGCCAGAUUUAUUAUUGUCCUUAAAAUAGCUUGUGAUCAUAUCAAGUACGUUGACGGAUAAGUCGGCAAUUUGACCAAUCGGA